AGCAGAAAGCAGCACCUUUAUCUACCUGUGAAACUACAAAAGCUAAAUCUCAACCGGUCCAUCAACAUGGAUGAGUCACUAAGGGACUUCAUGUACCUGGAGAUUUUGGGUGAAGCGCCCCAUAACUCUGAAGUAGAGUUUACUCAGCUGGAGCUGGAGGUGGCCCGUGAAGUGGAGAGAUUGAACAAUUUACUGUCACUCGACCUUCCGGGCUCAUCCGAGGGCUACUUCAACUACGCCCUCCCCGCCAGCACCUACUCACACCCGGUUCCCUUCGCCGGAGACGAGCAGAGCGGAGAAGAGCAGCUGCAGGAGCCGAGCGGCGAGCCUAAGGGCAGGAAGCCAAGAGGCCAGGGGCAAAAACGGAAAGCAGAGGAUGAGAAAGCGCCCAGGAAAAGGCAUCGCCCCGAACCGCGGCAAAGUCGCUACAUGGCUGACCCGGCAAAUCCAGCAAGCCCAGGAAACCAUGAAAACCAAGGAAACCUGCCAUACAAGGCACACCUGGCAAACCUGCCAUUCCAGGCAAACCAGGGAAACCUGCCAUACCAGGCAAACCCGCCAUACCAGGCAAACCAGGGAAACCCGCCAAACCAGGCAAAGCUUCCAUACCCUGCAAGCCUGGCCAACCUGGCAAACUCGGCUCCAGGUAAGUAUUUAGGAUUUUUUCUCUGUAAAUAG